CUCCAAAUAGAAGAGCUCCAUCAGGGUGAACUGAAGUUAUCCUAAGGAAAAUUUCAUUGCAUGGAUUGUAUAAACUCACUGAGACUGAAGUAAAGCUGGAAAGGGAUCUACAAGUGAAUAAAACAAGAAGUUUGGAAUUGGAUUUGGGGAAUCUGGGCUUGGAAAUGCCUCAGCCCAGUGUGAGUGGAAUGGACCCUCCUUUCGGGGACGCCUUUCGGAGCCAUGUGUUUUCAGAGCAGACUCUGAUGAGCACGGAUCUCUUGGCAAGCAGUUCAGAUCCAGAUUUCAUGUAUGAACUGGAUAGAGAAAUGGACUAUCAGCAAAGCUCCAGAGACAACUUACUUUCAAUGGAGGACUGCAAAGACCUUGAGAGCUUGGAGUCUUUUACGGACAUCCUGGACAAAGAAGCUGCUCUCACCUCAAAGUGGGAGCAGUGGGAUACCUACUGUGAAGACUUAACUAAAUACACUAAGUUAACCAGCUGUGACAUCUGGGGAACAAAAGAGGUGGAUUACCUGGGCCUUGAUGACUUUUCAAGCCCUUACCAAGACGAAGAGGUCAUAAGCAAAACACCGACACUGGCUCAGCUUAACAGUGAGGACUCCCAACCUGUUUCUGAUUCGCUCUAUUACCCUGAUUUGCUCUUCAGUGUAAAACAAAAUCCUCUAAAUUCUUUGUUACCUGGCAAAAAAAUCACAACCAGAGCAGCAGCUCCCGUCUGUUCCUCCAAGAACGUUCAGGCUGAGGCACCUUUGUCGGACUGUGUCCAGAAGGCAAGCAAACCCGCAACUCAGCCUGCUUCCAGUACGCAAAUCAUGGUGAAGACCAACUUGUAUAAUAGUGAAAAGGUGAACAUUCAUGUUGAAUGUAAAGACUAUGUUAAAAAGGCAAAAGUAAAGAUCAAUCCUUUACCACAGGGCAGACCAGUGCUGAGCCAGACGCAUGCUGAUGCAGCAAAGGAAAACACCUGCUAUUGUGGUGCUGUAGCAAAGAGACAAGAAAGAAAAGGAAUAGAGUCCCCGCAUAGUCACAGUACGCCUCCUGUUUUGCCUUUUAAAGAGACUCAAGAACUGCUCCUCAGUCCACCCCAGGAAACCCCAGGACUUGUUGUGGGGGAGAGCAGUCUCUCUGCCAGCACAUCAGUGUCAGAUUCUUCACAGAAGAAAGAAGAGCACAACUAUUCUCUUUUUGUAACAGACAGUUUGGGUGAACAGUCAGUCAAAGGCGACCCCGAGGAGGAUGAGGAUGAUGAGGACGAUAUCGAAGAUGAGGACCAUGAUGAAGGAUUUGGCAGUGAGCACGAGCUGUCUGAAAACGAUGAUGAGGAAGAAGAUUAUGAGGAUGAUAAAGAUGAUGACAUCAGCGAUACUUUCUCAGAACCAGCAGUAACACUUAGUGGGUCUUCAAGGGAUACUGAAUUCCUCUCUCCUGCAUGUAGAAAUGGAGCCUUAACAACAGAAAUAAGAACUAACCUUCACCCAGAAGGGUAUGAAAAUGAUUCUGUGGAGGAUUUAAAAGAAAUGACUGCAAUAUCCUCUCGGAAAAGAGGCAAGCGAAGGUAUUUCUGGGAGUACAGCGACCAACUAACACCGUCGCAACAAGAAAGAAUGCUGAGGCCAUCCGAGUGGGAUCGAGAUACAUUACCAAGUAACAUGUAUCAGAAGAACGGUCUCCAUCAUGGGAAAUACGCAGCAAAGAAGUCACGGAGGACUGAUGUAGAAGACCUGACUCCCAACCCCAGAAAACUUCUACAGAUCGGUAAUGAACUAAGGAAGCUGAAUAAGGUGAUCAGUGACCUGACACCAGUCAGUGAACUACCCCUAACGGCCAGACCGAGGUCAAGAAAAGAAAAGAACAAGCUGGCUUCCAGGGCUUGUAGACUAAAAAAGAAAGCCCAGUAUGAAGCCAAUAAAGUAAAACUCUGGGGUCUCAACACGGAAUAUGAUAAUUUACUGUUUGUGAUCAACUCCAUUAAACAAGAAAUAGUGAAUCGGGUGCAGGUACCUAAAGAUGAUAGAGGAGUCGACAUGGAACAAACGUUGAACGUCCUUAUCAAAGACACCCUUGGACUGCCUGUAGCUGGACAGACAUCGGAAUUUGUUAAUCAAGUUUUAGAGAAGACUGCAGAAGGAGACCCUACCGGUGGCCUUGUAGGGCUACGAAUACCAAUGUCAAAAGUUUAA